AUGCCAGCCUUCCCUGUGUUGCUUGAUGUGCACCAACCUGUUAGGUCCAUUAGCUUACCCUCCAGGGUACAUCCCACUUCUGUUAAACUCGAAGCAGCAUUAAAUCACUCGGAAGCCUGGAAAACGUCCUCACAUUCAACAGCAGCGGUUUCGUCUGGUGAGACUAUACAGAUUGAGCUAGUGGGCGUCGUAGAGUUGUACAAUUGUGUUCAGGAAAUCAUUAGCUCUCCACAAAUCAAACAAAAACUUCUUCACUAUCAGAAUGGGAAACUUGUGGAGGAGGCACUAGAUGAGUCUGUCACAUUUCUGGACACCUGUGGCAAAGGAAGGGACCUACUGUUGAAGAUGAAAGAACAUGUCCAAACCCUUCAAUCAGCUUUACGCAGAAGGCGUGGAGAUUUAAGUAUUGAAAACGAAGUUGCAGCUUACAUCAACUUCAGGAAGAAGGUCAAAGAGGAAGUAGCCAAGUGCCUUGGAGCAUUGAAGAAAAUAGAAAGCAAAAUUGGUUCCUCAACACUCUUAGAUGAAGAUCAACAUCUGUUAAUGGUGUUCAAAGGCCUAAGAGAAGCAAGCUCCAUUACCAACUCCGUUUUUCAGUCUCUUUUGCUCUUCCUGUCAAUGCCUUCAAUGAAGGCAAGGGUUGGAAGAUGGCCAAAGAUCUCAAAAUUGAUUCCCACAAGAUUACUAUCCUCUGAAAAGGAACAGAAUGUGAUGAAUGAAGUUGGUAGUGUUGAUCUUGCAGUUUACUCCAUCAAUGGACACUUAAAGAUUGGUGAUACCAUGGCUGAAGUGGAAAUGAUGCAGAAGAUGUUAAAGACGCUUGAUGCCAGCAUCGAUGGCUUCGAAGCUGGAUUAGAUUGCAUUUUCAAGUGUCUAGUCCAAAAUAGGGUCACUUUCCUUAACAUCAUCACUCACCGGUGA